UCAGUGGGAGGAGUAGUGCCCAUCGUUGGUGUCAGUGGGAGGAGUAGUGCCCCAUCGUUGGUGUCAGUGGGAGGAGUAGUGCCCCAUCGUUGGUGUCAGUGGAGGAGGAGUAGUGCCCCAUCGUUGGUGUCAGUGGGAGGAGUAGUGCCCCAUCGUUGGUGUCAGUGGGAGGAGUAGUGCCCCAUCGUUGGUGUCAGUGGGAGGAGUAGUGCCCCAUCGUUGGUGUCAGUGGGGGGAGGAAUAGUGCCCCAUCGUUGGUGUCAGUGGGGGGAGGAAUAGUGCCCCAUCGUUGGUGUCAGUGGGGGAGGAAUAGUGCCCCAUCUGACACAAAUGAUGGGGCACUAUUCCUCCCACUGACACCAAUGAUACUUACCUUGCUGACCCCUGCUCCAGCCUGGGGUCGCUCUCUCACUUACCUGUCAGCUGUCUUCCUUCUCUGGCCGCUCUCCUCUUCACUCGCUCCCUCGGUCUUCUUUGAUGUCCGCGCGCUGCCGCUUGGCUCCUCCUCUCCAAGCUCCACCUCCUCGCCGGUGAUUGGCCGCCUGUGUGCCUCUCCUGAGCUACAGUUCCGGUGGCCAAUCAGCGGCGAGGAGGCGGAGCUGCUGAGCGAUCUUGGAGGUGUGGCCGGGUGA